CCUAUCUUAAAUGCCCACUCACUUUUCCCACUCACCAGAAUCAAAUCCUCAACCAUAUCCAACCUCCUCUUAAAUCUCUCUGAUAUCCUCUCCUUCCACACAAUGCAAUCAUACAUCUACAAACAUCUGAUCCAGGAAUUACACAAGCCCAAGAGCAUGAUGGAGCAGAGCAGGAGGCAAGUGAUAAGCAAGCUUUCCAUCAUCAAUGCAUUCCUGGCCAGCACUACAGCUGCCUGCAUACACAAGCAGCAUAGCAAGCAUGACAAAGAAACUCUUGACUGCUGCUAUCAGCAUCCCAAGCACCCAGAAUCCCUAUCAGUCCUGUAUGGAGCCAAUAAGGACCAGGCUGAGGAGGUAGAGCAGUGUUAUGAGGACUCCAGUGAUGAAGAAGGAUUGGAGGAGCCAGUUAUUACUGUUGGUGCAUGCCAGAUGCAAGAAGGAGGACAUCAAGAGAGGAGGCUGUUCCUAUCAGUGCCAUUCUCACUGCAACAAUGGAAAGAUCAGCAAGAGUAA